GCCUUAUUACAAAACGUGGGUUUCCUGUGUUGACUUCAUAUUUUCUUUCUAUAACCCAAAAACAUUUUCGGUUGACGGCUUGUCUAUUUUCUCAAAAUUCGGGUGUCUGUGUGUGUCGGGGUCGCCCUUCUGCAAGGAUUACUGCGAACUAAAGUUCAUGUUGCCAUGGCAGAAGGGACUACUCCAGAUGAUGAUGGGCUUUUUAAGUCUAAGAAGGUAGAUGGCCGCUAUGUUAUCCCUUGGGCAGACAAGACACGGAUGGGUUUUGGUUCUGUGUUAAAGUGGGUGAUCACUGAGACCGACCUCAGUGGUGUGGGGGGCACGUGGAGAGAGGGCUGGAAGUUUAAAGAAGAGGAAUUGAACAGGAAUCUACCCGUCCUGGAGCCUAAUUUUGAAGCAAUUAAAAAUCCUUCUGUCGACCAACUCCAAGUUACAUGGAUUGGUCAUGCUACUUGUCUAGUCCAGAUGAAUGGCCUGAACAUCCUCACAGAUCCAGUAUUCAAUGACUACUGUGGUAUGAAUAGGCUGGUAGGCGUUAAGAGAUUCCGUCCUGUUCCUUGUACCAUUGACCAGCUCCCACAAAUUGAUGCGGUCAUCAUCAGUCACAACCAUUAUGACCACCUUGACUAUACCACUGUGCUAGAACUGAACAGAAAAUUCCCAGAGUCAAUUCAUUGGUAUGUUCCAAUGGGUCAGGGGGAUUGGAUAAAAAGCUGUGGAUGUCAAAAUGUAAAAGAAAUGGAAUGGUGGGACCAAAGCACCCACCCUACGUCCAAAGGCAAUGAUGUGGCAUUCAUCUUUACCCCAACACAGCAUUGGUGCAAGCGAGCAGCAACUGAUGACAACAAGGCACUAUGGGGGAGCUGGACUAUUAUUGGGCCAAGGCAUCGCGUCUUCUUUGGUGGAGAUACAGGCUACUGCGAUGUGUUCAAGGCAAUAGGAAAGAAGUAUGGCCCGUUUGAUCUAGCUGCUAUUCCUAUUGGAGCAUAUCACCCAAGGUGGUUCAUGCAGUUCCAGCAUGUUGACCCUCAGCAGGCUGUACAAAUACAUAAAGAUCUACAGGCCAAGACCUCCAUGGCUGUUCACUGGGGCACAUUUGCCCUUGCUAAUGAGCACUAUUUAUCUCCCCCAAAGGAGCUAAAGGAAGCCAUGAAAAGUGAAGGAAUUCCCCAGUCAGACUUCAUCAUUAUGAAACAUGGAGAAACGCAGAUCAUAGGAGAAAGUAUAUCACAGAAAGAUGUGAGCUUUGAGUCUUCAAUAUGAUUCUGUGUAAAAAAAAGUAGCAUCUCCGGUGGAUUGCGACUCUGGCGACCUCGACACACAAAGAAACCAUUUUUUAUCCUAUUUCAAACACAACAAGACUAGGUGUUGACACCUAGCAAGCAUCUCUUAUGGGUAGAAAAAGGAUUGCGUGUUCAUUAUCUUCAAUAAAAACACUGACAUGUAA